GACAGAGACAAAAACCAAAAGCAUCCUACACAUCGAAGCCAUCUUGGUUGCACCGCUGCUCUCUGGACUGCAGGACUCUUAUCAUUAAGUUUGUUGACGUGGCUCCAACAACAGUGGAAUGAUGUUCUCCAAGUCAAAGUGGCUGAUUGUGAUCCAGCUCCUGCUAAAUGAACACGCUCUGUGCAGAGUGCCACUGCCUCUGACUCAGAGGAACGCGUUACAUUCAGAAACUGACCUCCAUGAAGCGGUAGAAGAAACUGGCAAACAGGAGCAUCAGUCUCUCCUGGGAUCUCAUCUCCAGCUCAGUCUAUCAUCUGCUGAAAAGACUGAUCCUGUACCAGUGGUUGUGCAUGAAGGGGAGAGAGUCCAGUCUGCCAAACAUAUCAUAUCAGGUCUGAGGGCGAAGCUUCAGGGGCAGAUUCAAGAACAUCUGCACGCUCAAGAGAACAUCAGCUGUGAGGAGCUUAUGUCUGCCAGCACUGUGAACGACCCUCUGUCCUCCAUGUUCCCCCAGGAGCUGCUGGGUCUCUCUCUGGUUCCUGUGUUGGUGGUGUCAGGAUGCCCCAAGGAGGCACAGGCCCUGGUGCUGACGCUGUAUGACCUCCUAGGUGUUGCAGAUACAGAGGAACUCCUGCAGGAGGUGCAAGGUCUGAUAGAGAGGAGGUUGAGCAAGUCAGCAUCUACACCGAGACCUGCAUCUGCAAUGUCAUCUUCAGAGAGGGAUCAAGCAGGGCGCCGCAUAGAGGCUGUGAUGUUCAACAUCGGGCAGCUGGCGAUGGUGGGAGAGGAAACCACUGAGCAGGAGGGACAUUGUGAAGGUUGGACCAGGGUGAACAGAACCAAGCUGGUGGGGACAGCUGUGGAGGGAGCCACAGGCGGACUGGAGGAGGCUGUGAACAGCUGUGAGAGACUGGGCGCCCUGUGUGCCGGCGUGACCAGCAGUGGUCGGCUCACACCAGGCACGUACAAGGCAGUGUUGAAGAAAAGCAGUCGUAUCCUGCCAUCUGACGCUUCAGGGACUGAAUGUUGGAUCCGUCGUUGCAGUGAAGAGGAGCAUGCCUCCAUCCCUGCUCCCUCUGGGCUGCGGAUGAGGCGCAGCCCCCAGAGAAGCUGCACAAACAAACGUGAGGAGCGCGUGUACAACGUGGUGGAGUGGAUCCCUGCAGUCAGCACCCUCUACAACCUGGGCACGGCAGUGUAUUAUGCCUCUGUGAACUGCUCCGAAACGGCCAAGGAGAGAGCCAUCCUCAGUGCUGUCGACCUGGGCACAGAUGCUCUCAUGGUCGCCACAGGGGGCACUGCUGGGGUGGCAGGUUACGCUUUGGGUGCAGGGGUGAAGACGGGCGUGAAAGCUGGAGUCAGGUACCUGCUCAACACCAUGAAGCAGGAGGACGACCUGCUGGUGAACCAGUUCAGCUGGGAGGAGGGUGUCGUCACCUUUCAGUAGAGUGAGGGAUCAGUGACUCAGCCUGUGACAUUUUUUAUUAGUUUAUUAGGAUCCGUGUUUUUUAGUUGGCAUGGUUGAAGAGUAACACAAUCUGUUUACUGGAUUAAAUAUAAUCUAGAUUAUAUGAAAAACAAGAUUACACUGUAUUGUACGACUCAGUGGAUUAUCAUCAUCACAUCUUCAAAGGGUGGAAAAGCUUUUUCUGUUUGUGUGAGUGUGCACACAAACCUCACUCUGACACAAGUUAAUGGCAGCAAAUUUCAUUUAGUCUCUUGUUUUAAUUUAAUUACAAGUUUUUUUAAGAAUAUCUAACCUACAAAAUCAAAUUGCGUAGAAAAUUAGACUACCAUUUGCAUUACCGCCGUUGUAAACAGUCUUAGUCCAACCCCAGAAAGUGUAAGCCUUAAACUGUUGGAAAUAUCUCUCUCUAUUGUAACAAUUUAUCACAUUAAGCAACAACAUUUAAAGAUCUGGUCUCAGGAAGCUAAACCCUUAAACCCUCAAGACUUUGAAUCUGGCCUAUAACAUAUAGUGUCUUCAUCUUGUCCAUGACAGCUUAUUAGGACCAUUGUAGGUAAAAUAAAUAAAUAAAGCAAAAAUAUGGGGCUGGGAUGGGGAUAGGGCUGGGUGAUUUGGCCAAUAAUGUUAUCAAAUUAAAAAAAUUGAAUAAGUGAUUUUCUUUUGCUCCUGAGUAGAACAUUGAAACCAAUCACGUGUAAAACCUCUUCACCACAUUUGUGCAAUGCAUCACAGGUGGGCAGCCCCAGGUGGGCUGGGCAAUAACACACUAUUCCCUGUGAAAAACAUGGCAGAUAAAACUCACUAAUAUAAGAAUAAACUAAACAAAUAUAUCAUAAAAGGUCAACAUUAUCAGAUUAUGUGCAUGGGGAGCUACAACUGGACUGAUGCAAGAAGAUCUCUGGUUAUAUCUAUAGGUAAUUCAAAUGGGAUUUGUAGUUUUCUUCAAGUAACCUAUAACCUUUAAUCUCUCUGAGCUUCGGGAUUACCUCGUGUGUCUCUGCCUCUCACGCUCAUACCUCACCAUAACCAGCUCAUCACCAAAGGUCUUCUCUUGGCCUCCUGCCUCGUCAGCCCACUCCCCUGAGAACUGUUUGCUCACAGUUCAGCCUACUCCGUCCUGCAGCCAGCCCACUCCUGCUCUGUCCUCAGCCCUCUCCUGCUCCCUCACCCCCACAAUUAAUUUCCCCCUCACUUGUACCUGUGUUCAGCUAGAAUCACCAUUUUCUAAUUAUCCGGUCCAACUGAACAAACAGGUCCAUUCUAUUAGACCACACGCUGCAUGUGAUGAUAUCAGAUUCUUUUUUUGUCUGAAAAUUUGUGACUUGCUAAUCUCAGAGAAUAUCCUACAUUUGUUUCCUCGUAAAUUUAAGCCCUUAACAUUUUAGGUUCUCGUUCUUUUCUCCCGAUAUUAUCAGUUUCAUUCUCAGGUUAUUUUAUCAAUGGCCCCAUUACACGGCCUUCACACGUUCCCUCUGUUAAGUGUCCUUCCUCACUCCUGCUGUUGUCCUCCUCCCAUCAAAACCAGGCAAUAGUCACAUUCUGGUGUAAUUGCAGGGAUAGAAGUCUGGUUACUAAACUUUAUAUUACUCUAUAUGUUUUCUAUAAAUAAAUGUGUGUGUGUGAA